GUGUGUGUGUGUGUGUGUGUGUGUGUGUGUGUGUCAGCAAGUUGAAUCACAGCAUACCGUAAAAGUCAGAGACAGCAUUGAAUGUGACUUAACCGUCUGUCCAGUGGAAAUGACCGAGUGAAACAAGUGUGUGAGAUGGCAGAGCUCCCGUCUGGACUGCUGGAGGCAUGUGUGGUGGUUGGAGCCUCCAGUGAUAAGCUUCGAGACAUAAACCAGCUUCAUCAGCAGAGUAAGUUAACCGAACCCCCCGUGCUGGAAGCUGAGGUCCUGCAGGUCCAUGCCCCACCGUUUGUUUCCAAGGAGACCAACUCCAGCCAGUUGAUUGGACCAGCUUUCAGUCGUGUCCAGAGGAGAAGGAGCUUCAUCAAAAAGAAGAGGCGAGAUCGUGCUGCAGAGACGUUGUCCAAUGGAGAAACAACCAAUCGUAGUGAAACACCCUCUGCGACAGAGGACAUCAGUGUUCCAAAGGAUCUGGACCUCAUCGCCUUGCCGCAGCUCUGUUUCCCUGGUGGUCUUCAGUUAGCGAAUGAGCAGAAGGAAGACAGUUAUCACUUCCUGGUUUUUACUGACCUGUUUGGGAACCGAACCCAUGGAGUUGUCAUGCGGUACUACAGAGCUGUACAGGAAGGUGCUGUCCAGAACGGCCACAGGUGGAACUCAUCAAAGGUCCGUCUCUAUACACCCUUUGCUGUAUGUGUCAUCUCCAAGUUCCCCUACUACAAUGCUCUAAAAGACUGCUUGUCAUGUCUCUCGGUCCAAUUGCGGCCUUCAAGACAAGCUGACUUUGAGGAGACAAUAAAGGAAUUCUCAGCCAAGCUGUCCCUGGUCCCUUUACCACCUCCUGGACAGCUACAUGUGUCCUUCAGCCUGCGUCCUCUUCAUGUAGUUCUUUCAUCAAGGGAGGAUCAAGACAGCCCUGUUAUUGACAUCGACCUGCAUCUUCCUUUCCUCUGUUUCACACACACAACGCUGCUCCAGGUGCUGUCCUGCCUCCUCCAAGAGCAGAGGCUGGUAUUCUUCUCUGCUGAUUAUGCCAGACUCACUCUGGUCGCAGAGAGUUUGCUUCUGUACCUGCAGCCUCUGUCCUGGCAGCAGCCCUAUGUUCCUGUCUUGUCCCGAGGAAUGCUGGACUUCCUCAUGGCUCCUACUGCCUUCCUGAUGGGCUGUCACAUCAGUCAUUUUGAAGAAGUCGCUGCAGAGACAGAGGAAUUAAUUCUGGUGAAUGUUGAUGACGGCAUCAUUCAGUCGUCAUGGUCUGAAACCAUUGACCUACCAGCUAUUCCCCUGGCUGCGGCUGAGAGCUUUAUGUCAAGGGCCGAGUGUCUCCAGCUUCACUAUGACUUGGAGCUGUGUCACCUUGGAGCAGGCACUGAUGCCAACACCCUGCGAUGCCAACGCAGAGACUGGCAGACACGCCUCAACACACAGAUACAAAACAUUGCUCUGGAGCUAGUGGUCAACAUCUUCAGAGGCGUGCAGGACUUUUUAAACCAUGAACACAGAGUUUUUAACAGUGAGGAGUUUCUAAGGACCAGGGAGCCAGCAGACCAGCCCUUCUACAAAAAGGUAUUAGAAACGCAUAUCUUUCACUCAUUCCUGCGAGACAGGCUGAACAGGAAACGGGACACCUUCAGCCGCAUGGAGCAGAACACACGUAACCAUGCACACAGGAAUCGUGCGAUGACGGAGUCUCCUCGGCGUCCUCUCAUGUCCGAUCUGUCCAGGUCUGGCUACAGCAGCUACGCCAGCCCUAACGACAGACUGAGCAAGAGGCUGGGAGCAAGCCUGCCUAACCUGGAGCCUUCUGCCAAUGAUACUGUGACUGCCAUCAGCUCCAACAGACCAGCCUCCCUCAGGAAGAUGUCGCCUGAUGUUGGGUUGAGGUUUCCUCAGAAAGCGGUGAAGGUUUUCCGCCUCCCAGAGUUCCCCCCUCCGCUGGCCUAUCAUUACGUCAAGAACUAUUAUUCUGACAUGGUUGCUUCCCUGGGGAAGGCUAUUAACAGUACACCACCUGAGGAGUCUGCACUGUUGGCCAGGUACCACUACCUGCGGGGUUUGGUAAACACUGUGUCCAACAGGCGUCUGGAUGCACUGGAGGACUUCCAGAGUCUUUAUAAGACCGACUCAGAUAUUUUCCCAUCUCAGAUGGUUAAGUCACUGGUUGACUCUCUGCCAGAAGCUGAACGGUUACAGGCGGACGGACGACCAGAACUGAAGCGGCUCAUCAGUCGGGUCAAGAGGGACCAGGAGCGGGAACGUGCACGCAACGGCAACGGGCAUGAGGAAGGUGCCGUGAAGCGUUUCCAGCUGCCGAAAAAAUACAUGCAGCUGGAGGAGUUUGUGAAAUGUAUCCAGGAGUCUGGCAUCGUAAAAGACCAAGGAACCAUACACAGACUCUUUGACGCUCUCACUGUCGGUCAUCAGAAGCAGGUUGGUCCAGAGUUGUUCAGAGUUUUCUACACCAUCUGGAAGGAGACUGAGGCGGAGGCACAGGAGGUAUGCUUGCCAGCGUCCGUCUUGGAGCACAUUGAGCCCAGCGAGUGCGUCUUCAAGCUGUCCUCCUCUGUCAAGACAAGCCGCGGCGUGGGGAAGAUCGCCAUGACUCAGCGACGGCUCUUUCUGCUGACCGAUGGACGACCAGGUUACGUGGAGGUGGCACAGUAUCGAGAUUUAGAGGAGGUGAAAGUGUCCUCGGCUCCCUUCCUGCUUCUGCGAAUCCCCAGCCUGAAGCUGCGUGUUCGGGGCAGGAAGGAGGCGUUUGAGGCCAAUUUGAAAACAGAGACCGAGCUGUGGAACCUCAUGGUCAAAGAAAUGUGGGCCGGGCGCAACAUGGCUGACCAACACAAGGACCCACAGUACAUGCAGCAGGCUCUGACCAACGCCUUGUUAAUGGACGCAGUAGUUGGCAGCCUUCAGAGCAGUAAAGCCAUCUACGCUGCCUCGAAGCUGGCUCACUUUGACCGCAUCAGGAUGGAAGUGCCGAUGAUGGUCCCCAAGACAACCGCAGAGACACUGAAGCACAAAAUCAACCCCUCGCUGGAGCUCGCCGCACCUCAGGCUGUAGAUGUACUUCUAUACACACCAGGUCAGUUAUGGGUGUCUGUGAGUGUGGGGAAGGUGAUGGUGUUCGAUGCCUCCAGCUGGUCCCUCACACACACCUGCCACGUUGGGAAUGCAAGAUUGAACUGCAUGCUGGGAGUUGAUAAGGACCAAGUGUGGAUGGGCUCCGAGGACUCGGUUAUCUACAUCAUCAGCAUGGUGGCAAUGGUCUGUAACAGACAGCUGACUGAGCACAGGGCGGAGGUCACAGGACUGGCCCUGGACACAGACAAAUACGGCCAGAAGGUGGCGUACUCCUGCAGUGCUGAGGGAAGCAUCAUGGUGUGGGAUGUCUCGACACUACAGGUGAAGAGGCAUUUUCGUCUCUCCUGCGACCGUCUGCAGUCCGUUUACAGCUGUAACGGGACGCUGUGGUGCUGCUCCAGGGACAAUAUAAUGGAGGUGUGGAGGAACGGUUCACUGAAACAUCGUCUGAAUCUACCAGAGCAGCAGAGAGGAUCCAUAGCUACAUUCAGCUCUAUACUGCUGUUACCUGAGAAGGAGGAGCUGUGGAGCGUUUGUGCCGACUCAGCAGAAGUGUGUAUUUGGCACAUUAAGGACAUUGCCAAACCAUAUCACCGCGUGACUCUACAGGAUUGCACUGGAUGUUACUGCAUGAUCAAAGUUAAAAACCAGGUGUGGGUCGGCGGUGUUGGCCGCAGCUCUACCAAAGGAAAGAUUUACAUCCUGGAGACAGAACGCCACCAAGUCCUGAAGGAGCUUCACGGCCACAAUGAUAAGGUGACGGCGCUCUGCUCUGCAGAGGAUCGGUACGUCCUUAGCGGAGCUGGCAAACAUGAUGGAAAGAUCGCCAUCUGGAAGGUGGAGUAGAGCUUCUGACUGACAACUUCAAGUUAGAGCCCGACUUCUCAAAGGUGGAGUCUGCGAUUCUGGAGAAGGGUUGUUGAUAUUUGAACUCAACACCCAAACAAGUACACCCCUCCCGUCAAGUGCCAGAUUUACCGCCCCUCUCAUUCCUGCUGCACACACACACAACAAACAGCCAGGGAACCAUGUGGAGAUAAUGGCUGACUUUGACGAAAAGUAUGUUGGAUUAGAUUCACUGAUUGCACCUUUAAAACUUUUCUGGGGCUGCCUGUGAACUAAAGGACACAAGCUGAGAAUCUUCGGAAAAGGGAGUAAAGAUCUGAUCGAAAUCCCAGCUUUCCGUUUGCAUCUCAGAGACAUGAGGGACUCACAUGGCGUCAUGUGAAUCAACAGGUUUACGUAAAGUGUCACCCGCAGAGCAGCCUCGCCCGCCUGCUAAGAAGUGUUGAUUUUUUUUGGAAAUACUAACAGUACUAAACCGGUAUUUUUUUUGGAGAACAUGAAGGACAAAUGAAGACUGAAAAAAGAAAAGUGGGAUGAAAAGUUCCACUAGAUCCAAAGUGCUUCACUUUACUGAAGUUUAUACAUUUUGUAUGCUUUAUUUAAUACUGUACUCUGCUUUACAUUGAGUUUGAUGACACUAGUAUUAUAUGGGAACAUUGUGUAACUGAGCCUCACCUCCAACUGUGUUUUAGGAGAGUUUCUGCAGUUGAAAUGAGUCAAACUAUGCUGAACACUGUAGGAAAGCCUUGAAGGAGGUUUAUUUUAAUCGAGGUUACUCUUUAACGGACAGCGAUACACGUGUGUCAGAGGAACAAGUUUAGUCCUGCAACAACUGGAAUCUGAUAAAAAUACAAACUAAGCACCAACCCCAUAGUGUUCGCUCUUGUUGUAUUAAUAUGUUUUUUUAAUCAAAUACUUACCUCAUUCUUCUUAUUUCCCUACAAGAUUAGUUUCACCUGUUACGGGGUCGUUGGUUUAAGCACGUAGAGGCAAAAUGUUUUUAUGUACAGACUGACAGAGGAGAUGAAGGCCAAGUCAAAAGUCACAGCUACAAAAUGCCUUGCGCAUGUUAAAAAUGUAGUUAUUUGUAACAUAAUUGCCACAGUGUCAUGUUAAAAUGUAUUUAUAAUCUGUAGACAUUUGCGUACUGUGCAUUUUAUAUGGAUUUCUACUAGUUUAUCAUUAGUUACUUGUAUUAUCUAAGUAAAACACAACAGACUGAAGAUUUUUUAUUUUCGUUUUUUCUAUAUUUUAUUCUACCUAAAACUUUCUAAACAUGUGGAGUAAAUAAGGAUGUAUACCUCUGUUUUUUUUAAACAAUUACAAGUGGGAUAAUUUUCAACUUAAGGUUCAACUUCUCUUUUAAUGAUGUAUUUAUACACUGUGUGAAUAUGAAAUGUAUUCAUGUUGUAAACUAAACUUGUAACAAUUCCUGCAAGUCAACCAUUGAUGUAUGAAUACUGUCUUUAGUGACUUUUGUAAGACUUUAUGUAAAAACUAUUUAAUAUCUUCAAGACCGUUACAAGAUUCUUUAAUAUUUAACCAACAGUGAACAAUGUAAAUACACACUUUCCAAAGAAA